AUGGAGCCCCAGCACGGCGAGAAGGAGCUCCCGCUUCUCCUCCUCCCCACAACCACACCUCUGAACGCUGCCUUUCUCCACGCCCCUCGGUCGCCUGCCAGCCCCUCUGACCAUCCGCAGCUGGACCUGAGCCUGUCCAUCAGCAUUGGGCCACCGACGCCACGGGCAGCAGAUAAUCAAGGACGAGGCACUACGGCUGCUGACCAGAGCAAGAGGGUGGCGGCGUUGGCGGACGUGCAGGCGCUGAAGCAGCAGGCGGCGGAGCAGGCCCGGAUGGCGUCGGCGGAGCGGGCGUACGCGGAGCGCGUGAUGGAGCUGGCGCGUCGGGAGCGGGAGCUGGCGGAGCGGGAGUUCGCGCGGGCGCGGGCCAUCUGGGAGCGCGCCCGCAGCGAGGUGGAGAAGGUGGAGCUCGUCAAGGCCAUGGCCGCGCGCCGGAUCGCCGCUGGCUCCGCCGCCGCGCUCGAGAUCACUUGCCACGCCUGCAUGCAGCGCUUCCACCCUUAA